CUGGAUGACGCAGAAUAAUGACCUAUCUACCCUAGAGCGCGCUAGCAUCGCGGUACGUGAUUGGUCAGUGAUAUUCGGUGCUCUUCGUUGUUUACAAUUCACAACAAUCAAAACAAUCAAAACAGGACUUUUCUUAUCACGAAUUUUGGUACUUCGGCGAUUUCAUAUUUUCAACGAUAUUUCAUUAAUUAUUUUGUAAAUUUCGUGGUUUGAAGUUUAAAAUUGCUCGGAUGUUUCCUUUUCCGGUAUCUCUCGUAUUAGAUUGUUAAUUUUAUGACAAUUCGUAUGCAUAAAAAAUGAAAUUUUACCUAUUUUUAAUCCGAUUCUAAUACGCGUUCCUUCGCAAUAUUAACUUGGACAUUGCAAUUUCAGAUUCCUUGAUUGAAAAUUGGAAUUGAGGCGAAUCAAGAACGUAAAAUGGCUGCAUUGGUAUCUAACGUAUAUGAUCUACUCUACGCGAGUCCGGUGACUCUAAAAGAAAUCGCAGCCAAUGCGGUUGCCGUCGAAUUAUGGCGCUGCGAACUCAAUAAACAUCGUACGAAUGAUAAUUUGAACGAAUUCCUAUCAAGUCCGAAUAUUUCGUUAAAAAACCUUAUUCCAAACACGCCAUCAUCUAUCGAACUUGUAAUCGAAGAACGUAUCAAAAAAUUUGCAUUCUCGGUGACAGAGUGGCUACGAGACUACCCUUACAAGGUACUGGAUUUCCACCGCAGUGAUCGGAAUAGCAUUUUGCACGAUUUUAAUGAUUUUAAAUGCGACUGGGACGGCACUAUUCAUUACGUCCGUACGGCCAAACAAAUGAUAAUGUGCGACCGACUCAGCGCAGUCGAGAAAUUCAACGUAGCCUGCGUGUACUGCUUCGAGAACGAAGUCAGACGACUUUGGCUCCCCGUAUCUGAAACGCUAGACUUGAACGAAAUUGAUUUCGAUCAAUGCCCGCAACUGUAUUACUGGAUUUGUUCGCUGAAAAAUGAAUUGAAUCGAAUACCUAAUCAACACGACGAUUCCGUCGAUGAAAUUAUGCUUUAUAGAGGCAACUUUUCUAAUAAUUGGUCAUCAAUGGAGUAUUUUUGGAGUCGUAUUAGACCGGAGAAUCGUUUUAAAAAAGCUGUACUCUUGUCUGAGAGAGAUGAUGCAUCUUUCGCCCGAUUUUUUUUACCAAAAUUAUACGAAGAAGAGCUCGGUAAAUUUGUCGCCGAAUGUGGCGGUGAUUUUAUACAUGGCCUGUUUAUUAGCGUCAAUUUAUUUUACGUUCUUCCAACGUGGAUGUAUAUUAAAGAUAAGAUGAAUGAAAAUAAUUUCACGAAGCUAAUCGAAAAGCUUGCAGAAAACGAGACCAAUAAUCAUAUUUCAGAAGAAGUUUUAAAUGAGACUUGUGAUGAAACACUGAAAGGGUGGCCGCACACCGAAGAUGAAACGUAUUUGUUCUGCGAAAUAUGGAGAAAUGCCUCGGAUGAAUUGAAACAGUCAGCAAUCACGAUUAUUUUGAGUAAAGAAAAAUAUUGGUUGUUUGACAGGGAGUGUAUGGGUAUUAAGCCGACGGAAUUCAGAGAAAUCAGGUUUCUGUUAAGUAUACUGUCGGAUGCCUCUUUCGAACAGAGAAACGCUUUUUGGAAUAAUACUUGGCUUAGUUUAAUCGACGGUACACGUCCCACAGAUUUACAUCGAAUUAUGAAACUGUGCUUCGAAAACGAAAACGAUAUUGCCAAAUUUAAAGAAACCACUAUGGCCGUAUACGAAAAUAUCAGUCCGUAUUGCGUCGAAGUAAUGAAGACCGGAUGUUUCAACGAAUUAAAUGACACUCUGGUGUCUUGUUGUCCUGAAACUGAAAAACGAAAAGAUUUUAAACGACGCCUACUGCGGUCGUGCUUCCUCGGAGAAGAUUCGGUAUUCUGCUUUACGCAUCUUAUCAAAGUGAAACCGAUGAAUGAAUUCAUUGACGAUGCCUUCGACGAUGCCGACCUUGCCGCUGAUUUUAAAAAUCAAGUUUUAUACACGCAUGAAGCCAUAAUGAGUAUGAGUAAAUGCAUUACAUCAAUGUAUUCACACAUUUACACGAUAAAUUUCGUUGAUACAUUUGCAUCGAACGAGCAGGUCGUGGAGUUUGUGAAACAGGGUGUUUUGAAGAGUCUGCGCUAUCAUUUGAUAACUGAUAGUUCUUUUAUGUGGGAAAUUUCAGCUGAUAAUUUGCGAGUUAUAUCAGUUUGGUGUUUGGGUAAUGAUGAAGAAGUUGCUAAUUUCAAACAGUCGCUGUCGUUAGAUGAUUUCUUUCAGAAUAUGGCGCCGGUUGAAUUUCAUCAGGGACUCGUAACUUCUGAGAGAGAAAAGGCGAGAUAUCGUCGAAAUUUUGAUGAAUUUCUAAAAUGGUAUUUCGACAGCCCGGAGGAGAGUGAAAAGUUCAAGAAAGGGAUUCCCGAUGAAUUGAAGCAUUUUCUCCAAUAAUUUGAGAUUAUUCCAUGUUUCUGUUUGCCUAUGUCGUAAUCGAUCUUGCUCUCAACGCCCAUCUCAGCUGUCGAAAGUCGUCGUAGUCAUGGUUCCAAUUCGUUGUACAUACGUUGUUUAUUAGCUGGCGAUACUCAAUCAUGGCCGAAGCUCAAGCUGUCAACGCUGCAAUCAUUUCUGGAACUGUUAUUGCCAAAGAGAUACGAGAUUCGCUGGCUAAACAGGUUACCGAAAUGCAGAAUAAUUUCAACGGAUUUAGACCCGCGUUAGCAGUGAUUCAAGUUGGAGGUCGGCAGGAUUCAAAUGUCUAUGUUCGGAUGAAGCUAAAAGCAGCCGAAGAUAUCGGAAUCGACGCCAGAAAAUGUUCAUAAUCUGGUUCGUGAAGCUGAUAUCUUGAUUGUAGCUAACGGUAAACCGUACUACGAGUAUGUUGGAGGCGGAUGGAUCAAACGAGGAGUUGUUGUGAUCGAUUGCAGUAUCAAUGCUACCGAAGACGAAACGAAGAAAAAUAGUCAACGAUUGUUAGGAGAUGUGAACUACGAAGAGGCUAUCAAAGUGGCCAGUUACAUUACACCGGUUCCCGGCGGAGUUGGUCCGAUGACGGUGGCUAUGCUGAUGAAAAAUACCAUUCUGUCGGCUCAAAGAGCUGUGAACCAGUUGGCGCAGAAUAAAUGGAAUUUCACUGCGGAAUUUGUACGGCGCAGCGAAUACUGUUUGUAACAUUUCCCAUAGGUCUAUAGGAGGAAAUUCUCAUUUUCCCUAAAUAAUUUUUUUGUAAUUUUUGGAUACUUAUUUGAAAACAACGACGAAAAAUCCCACCAAAAAUCACUCCAUGAUUUUUUUCUUUUCUGAAUUAUUUUUUGAGAAUGACUUUCUGUACAUUCACUUCACCCAAUCUGAUGAACAUCAAUUAAUAUUGUCUUUUUAGGCACAAAAUCGAGUCUUCAAUUGGUAAUGGUAUAGUAUGUAAUUUUUAACCUUCCGUAAAAUUUCUAUUAUGACAUUGAUGACAUUUUUUCUUCAUUCAUUUGAUGACUUUGUUCGAUUAAUUUUAUUCUUAUCUAUUAUCAUUUUCCGUGUAAUCUUCCAAGAAUUUUAACAGUCAACAAUAUUCAACAACAAUGGUUCUAAUCUUAGUGCUCCUAAGGCUUAGACAAUUUAUACAUACAUAGAUAGUAUGUCUAUGUAUAUCGUUCAAGUCCAAAGGUGUGGUUUGUCGAGUUCAACUCACAUAAGUAGGUACCUACCUACAAUACCAACCAAGAACCGAAAUAUAAAUAAUACAAAAAAGAGAUACAAUAUAAUAGGUAUUCAACAAACAAAAAUUACACGUAGGUAUAUUCAUUUCCUUAUGCCAUUAAAUGUACUUACUGAUUAUAAAUACGUACAUCUGCGAUAACAAUCAUUUUAAAAUGCUAUCAUAUUAAAACAAAAAUUUCCUAUGGCAAAUUAAAACAAAACAAAACUUGACAUUUUCAACAAGAAAAAUAAUAAUAAUCAUAGCGCACUGAAUGACUAGAAGAAAAUUUCUACCUAACGAAUUUUCUAUUUCUAAUUACUUUUUACCUAGUACAAAAAAAUGUAGUACAUACUAUCAUGACUCGUGACCAGUUUCGUUACGUCGCGGUUUCAUUUAUUCAUUUUUUUUUUUUUUUUUUCACUAAAAUAAAACAUGUAAUUGACAUUAUAUAAAAAUGUAUGUACUCGAUGAAUUUGUCAAUUCUUAUAUUAUCAUAUGACGUAGCAUGUAUAUACAUAAAUAAGUAAUUUAUAAAUAACCCUUAAAAUUAAUGGUAAAUGACGGUAUUAUUUAACAACAAAGCCAAAUAGAAUGUUGUUUUUUUUUUCAACCUUAUACGUAUAAAAUAAACACAUUGGUACAUGUAUUGUAUAAGCUGCAUUUCAGUUCGGUAUCAAACUACAAGUUGAAAUUAAAACUUUCACUAUCGGAAA